AUGAACGACAGAAUUGAUCCUGCUUAUGAAUCUGGGGCUCGAAAAUUUGUGAAUGCUGUUAGUGCCACCGUAGGUGUUUCUGAUAUGGUCAUAUGCCCCUGCACUCAUUGUCGGAAUAACGAUCGGCAUGCGUCUAGUGAAGUACUGUACCAAUUAGUUACUAGGGGAAUGGAUGAGGCUUACAAGAUGCGGAAAGAUUGGUAUCAUCAUGAAGGUCCGUGUCCUGAGCUAGGUAACAAUGGAAACCAGUGGAAUGAUGAGAUAUUGAGAUUAUAUAAAGCAGCUGAGUUUUUAGGAGAGGAUAUGACUUCUAAGGAUAUCGACUUAGGCGAGUUGGCUGAGGGUGAAGACAAAAGAGAAGAUGAAUUUCUUGCAAAGCUAGCUGACGCUGAAAUGCCUUUAUACCCAAGCUGCACCAAUCAUAGCAAGCUGUCUGCUAUUGUUUCUCUGUUCAGGAUUAAGACACAAAAUGGGUGGUCCGACAAGAGCUUCAACGACCUACUUGAAGCAUUACCGAACAUGUUACCAGAGGAUAAUGUCCUUCAUACAUCAACUUAUGAUGUCAAGAAAUUCCUGAGAUCUUUUGAUAUGGGUUAUCAGAAGAUACAUGCUUGUGUGAACGACUGUUGUCUAUUCCGUAAGAAGUACAAGAAACUUGAUUCAUGUCCGAAGUGUAAGGCGUCGAGAUGGAUGACUAACAAGCAUACUGGUGUAGUGAAGAAGGGUGUCCCACAUAAGGUGUUAGGGUACUUCCCUAUUAUCCGCGCCUCAAGAGAAUGUUUAGGUCUGAGACGAUAG